AGAGAAAAUAGAGGUGUGAAGAUGAUGUUUUUGAGAACUAGCUACGAGAGAGAAUUUGCGAGACGCAUGUUAGCUGUAACAUGUAAAUUGAUAAAUGCUGCCACAUUGUCUCAUGCUGAAAAAAUCAGCAAUCGCAUUAAUUUAUUUUUAAAAAAUUGGUGCUAUUCUUCUUAUUACAAAAGAAGUUUUCCAGUACCAAUUCAUGAAAAAAUAGAAGAAACAAUAACCUGUUUUUUUCUUUACAGAAAUGAAAUGACGCAUAUCAGUUAUUACCAAUGGGUACCAUUUGUACUAGCUCUUGAAGCACUUAUGUUUUACAUUCCUUGCAUAUUAUGGAGAGGCUUAUUGCAUUGGCAUUCAGGUAUUGAUGUACAAAACCUGACGCAAAUGGCCUGUGACGCUCGAAUGAUGGAUGCUGAUGCUCGAGGUGCAACAGUACAGACCAUUGCCGGCCACAUGGAAGAUGCACUGGAAAUACAACGUGAGGUGACUGAUGUAUCAGGACUAUUUGUUGGAAGAAGGUGGGGCUCAUAUGUAACGUGGUUGUAUAUCUUCAUAAAAUUGUUGUAUCUAACCAACGUAGUUGGACAAAUAUUUUUGUUGAAUUGGUUUCUCGGCACUAACAACGUAUUUUAUGGUUUUGUCAUAUUAACCGAUUUAAUGCAGGGCAAGGAGUGGAAGAAGAGUGGUAAUUUUCCGCGGGUAACCAUGUGCGACUUUGAGGUUAGAUUCCUAUUUUCUGUUUUUAUGCAUAUAAGUCUAGUUCGUGUGUUAGGUAACGUACAUCACCAUACGGUGCAAUGUGUACUUAUGAUAAACAUGUUUAAUGAAAAAAUUUUCUUAUUUCUAUGGUUUUGUGGCAGUUUAUCUUAUUUAACAGCAAAAAUUAACGUUAAUUUUAAGCAUAUGCGAUUCAUCAGAAAAUAUUUGCGGGCUACUGAUUUAGCCACAGAUCGGCAAUCAGUAAAAAAAUUUGUUCACAAAUUUCUCGGUUUUGAUGGAGUUUUUUGCAUGCGAAUGAUUAGCGCACACGCUGGAGAUAUUAUUGCUACAGAACUGAUUGUAGCUUUAUGGCACGAUUUCAACGAUCGAGUGCGAAAGAGUCCUGUAGAAAUGUUUGAAGGCGGAGUGACACAGAGCCCUACCAAAUUAGACGCAACUUUCAAAAGUUGGCUUUUAGGACAAAAUAGGAAUAAGCCUCCUUAUGAUGGUGGGACGGCUCUACGGAACAAGAAACGACGAAAAUCUGAUGGUUACUUCACUUUUGUUUGA